AAAUAUUUAUUGCAUCCUUUGUCGCCAUCGUCACAAAGCCCAAGGCAGGAGAAAGGUGAACGAAAUAACGAAAAAGACUUUGCAGAAAUAUUUCUGUGUUUAUGAUAUAUCUGAAUCCUCAGUUAUAUGCAACAAGUGCUCACACAUCUGUUACAAAAAACGGAAUGAGACCACUAAGACUGAUAAACAGUGUGAUGAAGACGAGUACCAACCCCCUCCUAAAGUUACAAGAUCUCUACCAGAUAGAAGUCCUCCGUCAGUCAGGUUAGCUAUUCCAAGCACAAGCACAGGCCACUCGUAUUGUUUCGUUUGCAAAAGACCUGGACCAAAAUUGCAGGUGGCCUCUACAUAUACGCGAUUUAGAGCAUACGUUCAAGGAGAGAUAUUUAUUCCCCCCGGGUCUCGGUGUUGCCCUGUCCACCUUGAAAAAGACCAACUCUCAGCUGAAACGAUUGAGAAAAUCAGAACAUCAAAAAAUUCAAGUUACUUAAAUAGGUCUUCAGUUCUGGAGCUGUUACAACAGGCGAGGGAAGAGGUUUUGAGGAAAGAGGGUUCAAGACUGGACUUUGAUGAUCCGUCUAGUCUAGCUGACACUGAUUAUUACAAUCUGACCGGACUUAGCAGAGUACAAUUUGACGACUUGAUGUGCGGGGUGCAUAACAUACGGGCAACACAAACUAGGUCCAUCCGCACAUGCAUUGCAAUUCUCCUGAUGAAGCUGAAAUCGGGCUUGGACAAUCAGAUGCUAGCUACGCUGUUUAAUAUGACUAAAUUCCAGAUACGAAGAGCCGUGCAUUCCGCUAGACGAGCAUUGAUGAAGGACUUCGUUCCCCGAAAUCUGGGAUUUGCACACAUCACAAGAAAUGAUAUCAUUGACAGUCACACAAGACCACUUGCCCAACAGAUGUUCUCUACUGUAGGAUCGACACCUGCCAUAUUAGUCCUAGAUGGCACGUAUAUUUAUAUACAGAAGAGUGGGAAUUAUACAUUUAGCAGGAGAUCAUACAGUAUGCACAAGCAUCGCCCGCUCUUGAAACCCAUGAUGAUUGUUUCGACAACAGGGUACAUCGUUUCAGUCUUUGGACCCUAUCUUGCAGAUCCCAGAAAUAAUGAUGCCUUAAUUCUAAAUCACUCUGUUAAAUCAAAUACAGAAGAAAUGAAAUCUUGGAUAAGGGAAGAUGAUGUUUUUGUUGUCGACAGGGGUUUUAGAGACUCUGAGGACAUGCUGACAGAUUUGGGAAUAAAGGUCGAAAUGCCUGCUUUUCUUCAAAAAGGAAAGAGACAACUUACUACAGAGGAGGCAAACUGUUCUCGACUUGUGACGAAGGUUAGGUGGGUGGUGGAGUCAGUUAAUGGGAGGAUUAAGACAUGGAAAUAUCUCGGGAAGACUUUACCAAACACUCAAAUCCCAUAUAUCGGGGACUACCUACGAAUUGUUUGCAGUAUUUGUAACAAAUACCGACCUCCUAUUAAUACAGGCACUUUUGAAGACGAUCUUGCUAUAGCUACUAAGAUGACUAUGUUGGCAAAGCAAUCAAAUGAACUUCAGUCGUUUGUGCAGGAAAAUGGUCUGGAUAAACGGUCUAUGAAGUGGCAGAAGUUAGAUGCAGAAGAAACUAGUACAUGCAUUACAUUUCCUAAACUCACGGAAGACGAAAUCAGAGAGCUAACGAUUGGCGUGUAUCAGCUAAAAACAGCAAAAUCUUACUCAUCGGAGCAUUUUACAGACGAUGGAUCAUUUGAAGUUCUUGUCAGCAAUGAGAUUCCUAACAUCAUUAGUGCUAGAAUCCAAAGCCGCCAUGUUAGUUCUAAAAAGUACAGUCUUUGGGUAAAAUAUGACACUUCAAUCCUCUCAUGGUAUUGUACUUGUAAAAAUGGAGCCCGUGUAGUAGGCAUGUGUGGGCAUAUUGCUUGUGUUAUUUGGUUUUUAUCGUAUGCCAGGCAUCAAAAAGAAGAAGUCCGUGAAUUUGGAGUUCGAGACUGGACAGAAUUGGUAGAAGAUGCGGCUAGAACUGUUGACUUUUCUGACAGUGAAGAUGAGGUUCUAGUGGAGAAUCAGGAGGAGUAG